CUAGGAAAAGUGCUUCUGGCUUCGAUCGCGAUCUGCGCCCAAGCUUCUGCUGCCAACACAAGCUAAAUGAGUGAGUGGAAGGGCCUUCCAUCCCAAUCCGCAGGCAUAUUAGAAAAAGAAAACUGAAGCACCGGAGAGCAUAGUGAAAUAUCCGUCCUCCUGUCGUGGCUACCCUUAGAUAAUCGGACCGAGCGGUGUGAAAGUUGAAAAUAUACAGUGUGUAACAUUUAGAUGUAGUUUUUUUUCUGUUUCUCGAGAAGAGCUUGUUUCUUUCUCGAGGUCAACGUGAGCGUGUCGGGUUUGUUGGGUCGAACGAGUACCUUGAGAGCCUUUGCAUUUUCGUGUUCCUACACACAUUUCUCCAUUCGUCGCUACCGUCGUUUUGGCAUAAUUACAUAGUGUGUUUACCAAGGCUUGCGACUCUUGUGAAAGGGGCAUCGACCGAAGGCUCUCGCGAAGGAGAACACUUACUGCGGUGAAUGGGUUAACAACGACGCAUCCUAGUUCCCGCACCAGGAGCAAACAGAAAACGUAAACAAAUCACACCACUAUCGGAACGGUAAUGGAGCAACUGCAGCUGCAGACGACGGAACUGCCGUUCUGUCGACUCUGUUUCACACAAGGCGUUGAGCUUUACGAGAUCUUUCCGGGUGCAGGCAAUGACAACGAAUCUCUGCUCAUCAAAAUUAUGGACUGCGUGACAGUUGCCAUAACGUUCGACGAUGACUACAAUUCGUACAUCUGCGCUAAAUGUGUGACCACAGUGGAGGAAUUCUACGAUUACAAAGAAAAGUGCAAGGAAAAUGACGCGUUAUUGCGCGAGAAACGGAAAUCUGUUGAGCAGACCGCCAUCUACAAUGUGGUCAACAUGCAAUCCGAAGAAGAGGUGGUCAACGGCAACGGUAGCAACGGAGCUACCCAAGAGUUGGGUACAAUCGACGAUCAGCAGAUGACACUGGAGCAUCGUAUCAGUAUAGAAGGGGGGCCACCACUAAAUGGAAACAUAAUCGAAUUUAAGAAGCAGCUUUUCACGGCUUCUCCCGAACAGUUAGGAAUUUGGAUUUGCGUUGCUUCCGGCAGUGACAUUCAGUGUCCGGCAAUGAUUCAGGUUGAUGAAAAUGUGCAGGUUGUAGCAGAAAUUGGACAACACAAUCACGGACUUCCAGUAUCGGUGACGGAUAAUCCCCCACAGGAACAGAAGCCCCAGCUUACACCACAACCGCCGCCCCCACAACAACAACACCAGCAGCAAACAAUAAUUCCCGAUGAUGUGAAACCACCCAUAAUGCCUAGCACGAGUACUCCGACAGGUGUAAGUGCAAGUGCAAGCAAGAAGCGCAAAGCUAAGGAUCAACCCAACAAGAGAAAAAUCUCCAAUGACAUUCUCGUUGGCGAUGGGUGGCUCAUUGAUGUCGAAACGCAGAAACGUCACCACUACCAGCUUGUCACGAAGGAUGGCUACCAGACGUUUUUGAUUUUCAACGGGUAUCGCUUCCGCACGCAGCAGAAAAUCCGCAACGGCAUCGCUUCGUGGAAAUGUGCAUGGAACGGACGCAAAGGAUGCCAGGCUGUAUUGAACAUCACCGAGGACUAUCAGAAGGUUAAGGAAGUUGGUAAUCCGCACAAUCACGAGCCGUCACUACGCGAUCGAAUGAUUACGGGCAAACCUACGAAUGGCAGUGACGCCGUUCUGCUCGCUUCGGACGGAGAAGAGAGUUUGCAUGCCGGAGCAGAAAUGCAACAUAUAACUAUCACAGGAGCGGUUGGAGGACAUGGGGGAAGCAGUAGUAGCAGUAACAGCGCACAUUCGAUAGCAACGACCCUGGGUAACAUUGUUACCGCAAUGUCUGGUGGUCCAACCUCGACAGUGGUCACGAGCAAUGCGAUAGCGAAUCUCGACGCAGUCACUUCUACCGCAGUCAGUCACCACAGUUCAUCGUUGGAGCAUCUGUCCACGUCCGAAAUAGUAGAUUUUGUCCAGCAGAGCAGCAACGGAAGCGACCAGCUGGUGACGACGGUUGUGGACGCCGAUGUGCACCAUGCAGCCGUUGUCGGAGGUGUCGGCUCGGUUGUCAGUGUGGUGGACGAUGACGUGGGCAAGGAUGACGCUGCAAUGUCGAUGGAUAUUGAGGAAAUCAUUCGCCCCCAUGUCGUUCUCCAUUCGACGACCGACUAAACGGGGGGCGUUUAUUGAAACGACAAAAUGGUUAAAAGAAAUUAGAAUACAUUGCUGAUAUUCUCAAACCUUAUAAUAUAUAUAUUUUUUAAUUGUGUAGCAAUGUGAGCGAAGGAUCCUAGGGGUUUUAAGCAAGAAGACUAGCUUUUAAGACGUACGAUUAUGAUAAGCGUUAGCAGACGGAAAGCAGUAUAAGUGUAGGUAUAGCUGGUAAGAACACUUUAAGCCUCAUUGUGUAAAUUGCCAAACUUAAUAAACAGUAAUAAAUUAAAA